UUGACAGCUGUUGAGAGUGAGAGUUGUGAUUUGUCCAUUGCGAUGGGUGUUUCCGCAUUUGCUGUCAGUGCGAGAGCAACUUGGAAAGGGGACUGUCGCGUCUCUGAAGUAACCGUCUAAUCAUCCUUUCCCGGGGGACUACCCGUUAAACGGUUGAGAUCCACGAUGCCCUAUGUACUCGUUAGUACUCAGAUCCGUCUGGAGACUGGGCCAACCAUGGUAGGAGAUGAAUACUCUGACCCAGCCAUAAUGAACUACCUGGGAGCCAGGAAAACCACCAUGCUGGGGAACAAUUUCUCGGAGUACCACGUGGACGACUCUCCGCGGUUGGUGUUGGACAAGCUGGAGAAGAUUGGCUUCCGUGUGGUGACCAUGACUGGCGUGGGACAGACGCUGGUGUGGUGCAUGUACAAGGAGACAGACUGCAUAACCUGACCGGGGGUCAGUGCGAGUGUGUUCUCCUGGGCCACGAGGUUGUGGUUGUAGUGUCCUCCGUCCAAUGAGGGGCCACAGAGAAAACCUAUACUAUACAUUUAACAUUACAAAUCGGAGGAUUCUAUACAUUGAUUCUGCUACUGUUCUCUCAGUGAUGUAAUGGUUCUUUCUACCUUCUAGUCAUUUUUGAGCAAGGGGAGCAAAGUACAGAAUUUGACAUAAAAGGACCUUAAAUGAGCGAAUUUGUAUAAUGACGCUACUUGUCAAACAUUUGUACUCCCGUUCAGACGCACUACAAUGUUUUGGAGCAGCUACCAAAUAGAUAUGUGAGUAGUGGCUUGUUCAUAAUCUAUCAUACCAAUGGGUUUACAGACUUCAGGGAAAUAGAGGACAAUGUACAUUCCAGAAAGAAUUACAGCUCAAAUGACCAAGAUUCAUUUUACCUGAGUAGAUAGUAUAGUUCAUGUCAUUGCAACUUGUACCUAUCUGUAACUGAACCUGAAUGUCAAGUGUGAGAUUAAUCAGUUUCAAAGUUUAUUUUACUUUGCCUUUAGGCCAAGCAAAUAUUUACCUUUUACCAGUCUACAAACAUUCCUUUAUCCUGACUCCAUCAUGGCACACAAUCUAUUCCAUUAGAGCUAUUGAUGUAGUUUUCUUGUCRUUGGUGAUAUAAAUUAAUGAGAUGCAUGUGAGGCAAUUAUAAUAAAAGAUGAAUAUUA